GUCCCUGACAGGUGACGCUUUCUCACACAGUCUGCCGAGUAGGGUCGUCCCAUGUCGCAGCGUGAGCCGUCCUCCAUCUUCGCCUCGUGUUGCCUGUUCUUUGUGCCGAUGGACGGGCUGUCGGCACGGGCCACGAAAUUGAUGAAGCCACGCGUCCUCGAAAUGGGAGGGAGAGUGGAGGACCAGCUCACCGUGAUAUUCAGCGGAGAUCUCACACAGCAGGAGGAGGAUGACAACGAUGUCAUUGAUCUCGAGCAAGACGACGAGCGCGUCAUGAACCCCGUCGUGACGCACCUCAUUGUUGCGAGGAGUGUCAACAGCGAUGUGAGCAGACACCACAAGGCGGACGGGGGCCAUUUGUAUGAGUCGGUUCUUUCGAUGGGUUGUACUUUGUUUGUUCAUAUAUGCAGUCGUUUCUUCGCUAUCUGGGGCGGCAUGACAUCAGCGAGGCCAUGAUAGCUCGGCUGCACGUGGUCACCGACGGUUGGGUGACAGACUCGAUCAAGAAAAAGCAGAGGCUCAACGAAAAAGGUGCGUAUACACCACCACACGGACAGACAUGCGUCCAGACUUUCUCUGUGUCCAGACCACCAGUUCCCCUACCACAGCGUCGCCAGCAGUCCAGCGUUGUCCCGCCAGGCCACCCCGACGCAGAGCCCCCCGCCCCCCUCCCCUCCCCUCACCCCUCCCGACCCCCCUCUCCCCCUCGCCCUUGCUGCUAGUGGUGGUGCUACGGUGCCGCGUGUGCCGGCGGUCAAGAUGGAAGCGUCCAUCCCUGAGGUCAAGAUGGAGGUGUGUAGUGCACAUGGUGGUGGUGGUGAGGAGGAGGAGUAUCACCACACCAGGCCUAGCAUGGAGAGGAACAGACGCCUAGCGAAGGUGGGUGGGUGGCAGGCAGGCAGACAGGCAAGACAGUAAGGGGUCCACCCGUCCGCCUGUGUGUCUGUGUGUAUGUGUGUAUAUGCAGAUGUUCAAGCAGCUGUCGAGUGUGUACAAGGCCAUAGCGACCGAGCCGAGUCAGGAUUUUCAGCGCUACCGGCAUUACAGCAGGAUCUCGGAGAUCGUGUCGACGUGGCCAGAGCCCAUCGAGUCGGUGCAAGACCUGCGCCCUCUGCGCGGGUGCUACGGCGCCAAGACGGAUGAGAAGGUCAGUGCAUGCGUCGGCUUAGAGGGAGCCGCCGAUCCAUGUGUUCCUUCCUUCGUCAUGUGCUUACAGGUGAAUGAGUUCUUCAGAACGGGGUCCUCGCAGCGGCUGGCACACCUGCUGGUAAGGGAGAGUGCGAGGGCGAGGGUGAGGGGAGAUUUCUCCUGCAUGCUUCUCUGCUGCGUUUGCUGUGUGCUGAAUGACCACGUACGUAGUCGGACGAGCGCACGAAGGCCUUCAUGGAGUUCCAGCAGAUAUGGCAUGUCGGCGCCGCGGAGAGCAACAAGCUGUAUAGGCGAGGUGAGCCAGAGGCAGGGAGCAAUGAACAUGUCCACAAUCGUGUCGAAACGAUGCUCAUACAUCGGUGGAUGGAUGGCUGUUGCAGGCCUGCGCACGUUGGCUGACGUGAAGAGGCACCCUGAGUACCUGUCGACCGACCUACAACGGGUGAGUGCGUGAGUGAGUGGGUGGGGUGGGUGGGUGGACCGAUGGACGCGCGUGUUGUCGCCGCUUCCACACACAUGGCAGGAUGUCUGUCUGUCUGUCUGUCUGUUUGGCCGGUCGGUCGGUCGGUCGGUCGGUCGGUCGGUCAGCGCUGCCUCAAGUACGUCGAGGAUUUCCAGAAGAAGAUGACGCGAGCAGAGGUGGAGGAGGCGCACCAGCAGGUGGGCUCCCGUGGAUCACAUGCACAGCGCUGCACUGCACAGCACAGCACACGGGGAUGGAUGUAUGGGUGUUGUCUUGCGUGUGGUGGUGGUUGGUGUGCAUCCAUACAUACAGGUGUGUAGUGUGGCUGAGCGGUUGUAUCCAGGUGAGCUGCACAUCGUCCUGACCGGCUCCUACCGCCGCGGCGAUGCCCAGACGAAGGACAUCGAUUUCCUGAUUACCAGACACGUACACACAGCACACAAGACACACACGAACACUCUCACACACACGUGGAGAGGGGUUCCGUGGUGUGGUGUGCUGUGGUGUUGCUGCUGUCCCAUCCGUCCAUCCAUCUGUCUGAAGGAUGACAGGGAGGUUGCUGACGAAGUGAAUCGGAUUGUAGACAGGUAGAACGGUGGCAGACACGCCCACCACCCACUCACCCCACACAGACGCUCCUUGUGGGUCGGUGUGUACCUUUCUCUGAUUGGUAUAUGCUAUGCAGUCUGAGCCAUGACGGCUUCAUGACGGACACGCUAGUGCUGUCGCCGGGGUGUGGAUUCGGCGCCAAGUCAGAGCACAAGUCGGUCACUUUCUACGGCGUCUGCCGGCCGCGCAAGGGAGGGCCUCUGCGGCGGAUCGAUAUGUGGGUGAGUGAGGCGGGGAGAGAAGGGGAUGGAUGGAUUGAUGGAUUGAUGGAUGGACGGCAUUGUUUUGUCCUCUCUGCGUGCAGAUGCAGCACCGGUCUGAGUAUGCCUUCGCACUGCUGCACUGCACCGGUGAUUGGGGGGGGUGGCUGGGUGGGUCACUCACAGACGACACACACCAUCCGUCCAUCUCAUCUCUCCGUCCGGAUACAUGCAUGCCAUUAUAUAUGUGCAGGGUCGGCCCAGUUCAACAUAACGAUGCGCACACACGCCGACAAGAUGGGUCUGCAGCUGACGCAGCACAAGCUGGCCAAAGUGAUCGAGGCCACCGGCAGCAAACAGGCAGGCAUAGCAGGCAAAAGGCCGUCUCUCCCUGCACACCUGUGCAUGUGUGUGUGUGUGUGUGUGUGUGUGUUAGGGGGCUCGCCGCAGCGGCCAAUCGCGGAACCUCGUGAGUGAGCGAGGCAGACAGGCAGGCAGGCAGGCAGACAGGCAGACAGACAGACAGGCAGACAUGCGCUGAGCGACGAUGGAUGCACCCACACGCGACUAGCUGAAUGCACGGCGCCUCUCUGGCUGUCUGUGUGCAGACGCAUGAGGGGCCCCCCAUCCCGUGCGAGACAGGUAUGUGGGCGCAUUGGAUGGAUGGAUGGAUGGAUGUGUCGACUCGUGUGUUUGUCAGAGGAGGAGAUCUUCACGGCAAUGGGCCUUCGCUACCGCCCGCCGCCGCAGCGGUUCCACGACAGGGACUUCGGAGCCGAGUGCCACGAGGCCAUCGCACACCGAAAACUCACCUGGUGAUCGGAGGGACGGACAUACAUCGCCACCGUGCCUGUGGGUCACGUCUGUCUGUCUGUCUGUCUGUGGGUGUGUAUGGGUCAGGUAUUGGCCUGAUGGUGGUGCAGUGGAUUCUAGUGGGGAGCCGCUGGCCAAGAGACGGAAGAAGGACGACAUACCCCGGCCGCCCAUAGUGGAUCAGCUGCUGGUGCGGCAGCAGCACCAGCUGCAGCUGAAGAGGGAGAGGGCCAUGGCCGCCGGCAACUUGAAGGGUGCCAUGAUGGCGCUCAAGGGGGCGUGAUGGACUUGUAAGAGCUGCCUGCCUGCCUGCCUGCCUGGCUUGCUGAUAGAUGUGUGUAAAUAUGUAGCGCGGCCGAGGGCACGCUGUGUUGUGUCUGUGUAGACACCGUGGUGGCCUCGCUGACUACGGAUGCGUCCAUGUGUGUGUGUGUGUUGAUUGAAUCAGCUCCCUCCUG